AUGUCCGACACCAAGCAACCUUGUCACCUGGUCACUCAGUGCUCGAGCAAAAUGGAAUUUCUGGACUUGAUGGACGGACGUGAUUGCUCGCCAGCCCAGUGUGCUGUUCCUUUUUUUACAGGUCAACGACUUGGUAGGUGUAUGCGAAUGACAAGGCAACCAAUGUUGCCACCAUCAGAUUCCAAUGAUCAAUUAUCUCUUCUGUACCUAUUCUGUUGCCUGGCCCAGUUGCGCCCGAAUACGGCCCUUGAAGACGAAACCACCUACCGGCAGUUCGGGGACCACUUGAAAAAUCGUCAACGUAUCGGUUCUAUCCAGCUCGCGAGCCGUCGAUCAGAUGCUUCUGGAAGUGCCAGGCGUGACGGGAUUAAAUGUGGCGCAUGUCAACCCUGGCGGUGUCCGAGGGAAGCCGAGACACUUGAGACAUUCCCACGAAAUCAGACUGUCCUAGGCUCUGAACGGUCUUUGAGGUGGCGGUCAUGGUUAUCUGAGAUACAAGCAAAUGUACAGUGGUGUCUGGGUCGGCGGAAUCGGGUCUCCAGCGCGAAAAAUGGCCGUCGCGAAAUCACAUGGACACCUCAGGCCUGCUCUCCGGGUUUGCGUUCGUCGCCUCACUCGGUCAUUUGCCCAUAA